CUUACGGAUACACUGCUCUCAGCUCACUUCCCCUCUUCUCUUCCUCUCUCUCACACUCAUCCCAUCUCAUUAAUUCUCUACAGAAUUAAUCUUCUUUGAUCAUCCCCCCAGCUCACUUCCUAGUCUAGCAGUUCCAAAAAUCCCAAUUUCUUUCUCCUUGAAGGAGAAAGAAAAAUUAGCUAUAAUGGGUCUCGUUCUGGUUCCUUCGCUGCUUAAGAUGGUGACUCUUCUAGUAGUCAUCAUUCCAUCUCUGACCAAUGCCGAGAGGCCUCCGUCGCCGGGUUACUGGCCGAGCUCAAGGUUCCGGUCAAUGAGCUUCUACCAGGGGUUCCGGAACCUUUGGGGCCCUCAGCACCAGAGAGCGGACCAAAAUGCACUCACUAUCUGGCUCGAUAGCACUUCAGGAAGCGGGUUCAAGUCAGUUAAGCCAUUCCAGUCCGGUUACUUCGGUGCCUCCAUCAGGCUUCAGCCCGGCUACACCGCUGGAGUCAUAACUGCAUUUUACUUAUCGAACAGCGAGGCGCACCCGGGGUACCACGACGAGGUGGACAUAGAGUUCCUGGGAACGACAUUUGGGAAGCCAUACACAUUGCAAACGAAUGUGUACAUAAGGGGCAGCGGGGAUGGAAAAAUAAUCGGGAGGGAGAUGAAAUUCUAUCUCUGGUUCGAUCCAACUCAGCACUUCCACCAUUAUGCAAUUCUCUGGAGCCCAAAAGAGAUCAUAUUCCUGGUCGAUGAUGUGCCCAUAAGGAGGUACCCCAGAAAGAGCGACGCGACGUUUCCCUUGAGGCCUAUGUGGCUCUACGGGUCCAUAUGGGACGCCUCGUCAUGGGCAACGGAAGACGGUAAAUACAAGGCGGAUUACAGGUACCAACCUUUUGUUGCGAGGUACACCAACUUCAAAGCUAGCGGCUGCUCGGCCUACGCCCCUGCCUGGUGCCACCCCGUGUCGGCCUCCCCUUUCCGGUCAGGUGGGCUGAGCCGCCAGCAAUACAGGGCCAUGAGGUGGGUCCAGUCUCGGCGCCUAAUCUACAAUUACUGCAGGGACCCCAAGAGAGACCAUUCCCUAACACCAGAGUGCUGGCAGUGACGAUAUGGAAUCGGUUACCUCGUAAUUCCUUCAACCACUUUUUUUUUUUCCUUAUAUAAGAAGAAGGAAAUGCCUUGAGAUGUGACCUGGUGCGUGCAAAUCGACCAUGGAUAUGUGCUGCGAUGGUUUAGUCAAGACUCAAAGCGUCCAAGGCCAAGUUCCCAAGACUUCAGAAAAAUAAAUGAACAAUCUUUAUAAAAAAAAUACAUUUUCAAAAUUUGUAGUUUUCAUGUGAAAUUUCAUUUUUGUUUGGGGUGUUUUCUCUGUGAAUAUUACCAGAACGAAAAAACAGAAAUGAUAGAAAGCGAGGGAUGAAGAGAUGAAAAUGGCAUUGAAUGCUUUGGCCAAGGGGAUGAGGCCAGUGGCUUUUUGAGUUUUUUCACUUGUCAAUUCUCAAUAAUUAAUGAGCUUUUCAUGGUUUAAUGUUCUUUUCAUGGGAUGAGCAAUAAAAACGGGAGACUUCCUUCUACAUA